AUGGCGCAGAACAAUCUAGAAUUCGGAAUGAAGUGCAUUAAAUACAUGCUGUUGUGUAUAACAGCUAUUUUUGUGCUAACAUCAGCAUUAAUUAUCUCCGUUGGAACGACAAUCUACGCUAUCUACCACGAUGUGUCGUUCUUCCUCGACGACCACUUCUUCUCCCCGGCUACUUUCGUCAUCGUCAUAGGAAUCAUGAUGCUGUUCAUCAGUUUGUUCGGAUGUAUCGGUGCCUUGAAGGAGAGCACCUGCUUAGUUAACAUUUUUGCAGUCAUUCUCAGCUUAGUAUUUGUCUUGGAGAUUGCGGCUGCCAUAGCGGCUUACAGUCUUCGCGGCCAGGUUGCCACCAUGCUGGACGACAAAUUGAGAGUCACGCUGCCUAUGUACAAAGAAAACGAAGAGGUCGAAACUGCUUUCGACUUUAUUCAAAGCAGAUUGAACUGCUGCGGUGUCGACAGUUACAUGGACUGGAGCGUCGUAAACUUUAGUAGUGGUAUCGCAGUCAGCAAUAUCACGGUGCCCAACUCCUGCUGCGCUGAGACCCAUACCGCGGUCAUCGGUGAUAUUGAGGUUGACGAGUGUAUAAAGCUUUAUGCCAACGGAUGUCUUCCUAGAGUCUUCUACCUGAUUUACCAGAGCGCUGGUUUACUCGGUGCUGGAGCUAUGACCAUUGCCUUCAUUCAGAUAAUCGGCGUCGUGUUUUCAUUCUCUUUGGCCAGCUCUAUCCGCAAAGCGAAAACUGAACGCGAACGCCGACGUUGGGAAAUCAGGGAACAAAUGGUCAAUGCCUAUACAUCACUCAAUCCAACCGACGAGAAAAACCCAGCACCCGUUAUCUAUGUCCCAUUCCAUGGACAAACAAAAGCUUAA